AACUUUCCAGCUUUGCCAAUGGUGACCUUCUGUUAUCCACAAAUUCCACAGUCCAACUGCAACCAAUCGGUCACGGUGUUCGAGGACGCCAUACCUGCGUUGUAUCGCUUUCAGUAACCUUCGCCCGUCGUCCAGCCGGAUCACCUUCACAAAAUCGCCGAAAAGACCCACAAAACCAACCGAAAAUGGCGUCCACCACAAAACCGCCAACCCGAGUAAAACCCGUUCGCUACUGGCCCGGCAAAGCACCACAAGGUCUAAACGAGGACCACUCCAGCGACUCAGAAGAGGAGGAAGCCAAUGACGAAGCGCAGCAUUCGAGUCGGCAUGCGAUUUCGGACACGCAGGAAAUUUCCACUAUGGCGAUACCCGAGGAGGCAGCAAAGACAGAUCGCCGGUUGAUGCGGUUACGGCAGCAUGAGGCUUCGAAGGGAGAGGAGGAGGAUGGAGAGGAGGGGCGUCGGAGAGCCGGCCGGAGGAGGGACGUGGAGGAAGACGCAACUCCAGCGCCACGGGUAGAGAAGGAGGUGGAGCAGGAAAGCGGGGAAGAGGAUGAGGACGCUGUUGCAGCACGGCGGAGGCGGAUAAGAGAGCAGGCGUUGAAGCGACGACAGGAGGAAGAGGAGCGGUUGGCAGCGAAGGAGAAGGAGGCGGAAGAAGAGGAGAGUGAGAGCGAUUCGACGUCCGAAUAUACCACAGAUUCAGAAGACGACGUUGUUUCUUCGAGGACUCUUUUGAAACCGGUGUUUGUCUCAAAGAACCAGCGAGAAACGACCCUCGAAAAGGAGCGUCAAGAGCGCGAAGCAGCCGAAGCAGAAGUACUGCGGCAAAAGCAGGCGGAAGAAAAGAAGAAAGAGUCGCACGACAUGGUCGCUGAAGAACUCCGACGCGAGGAAGCAGCCGCCGAAGUCGCGACCGCCCAUCUUGACGUGGACGAUACCGAUGGUCUCGACGAGGAGGAAGAAUUCGCAGCCUGGAAGCUACGCGAACUGAUGCGGAUCAAACGGGAUAGGGAGGAACGCGAAGUGCGGGACGCAGAGAAAGCAGACAUCCAACGCAGGCGGAACAUGUCGGACGCAGAGAUCAUGUCCGAGCGGGCAAAGGAGGGACUGCUGCAGGGCCAGCAUGACAAAUCGAGUCAUCGGUACAUGCAGAAGUACUUCCACAAGGGGGCUUUCUUUGUGGAUGAUGAUAAGAUUGGGAAAGCGCUGCAGGAGAGGGACUUUGCGCAGCCGACGUUGGAUGAUACGUUUGAUAAGAGUGUGCUGCCUGCUGUGAUGCAGGUUAAGAACUUUGGGAGAGCUGGGCAGACUAAGUGGACGCAUUUGACGGAUCAGGACACAUCUGCGAAGGACUCACCAUGGUUCCAAAAGUCGGAAGUAAACAAACGGACACUCAACAAGUUAGGCGGAAUGAAAUCGGGCUUCGAUAAGCCGACUGCCAAACGGCGGCGAUAUGAUUGACAACGCACGACUCGGCUUUCGCUUCCCACUCCAUUUUGGGCGUCACCUGUACAUAGUGUAUUUAUCGAAAUGACACAAACACCCGCAUGGCAGAG